UCUCCCCGCCCGCAAUCGGCCUGAGCGACCGCGGAGCUUGACGGCCAGAGCCCGGCUGAGAACUUGCGCAGGCAGCGGGCGUGGCGACUGUCACGGUCCACCGCGGCCUCUCUCCCUGAUGAGCUGCACCAGAAUGAUCCAGGUUUUAGAUCCACGGCCUUUGACAAGUUCAGUCAUGCCAGUGGAUGUGGCCAUGAGAUUCUGCUUGGCUCAUUCGCCACCUCUAAAGAGCUUCCUGGGCCCUUACGAUGACUUUCAACGAAGAAAUUUUGUGAACAAAUUGAAGCCUCUGAAAUCGUGCCUCAAUAUAAAACAGGAAGCCAAAUCACAGAACGACUGGAAGCACUCGCACAACCAAACCAAGAAGCGAGUUGUGUUUGCUGACUCCAAGGGCCUCUCUCUUACUGCCAUCCACAUCUUCUCUGACCUCCCAGAAGAACCAGCAUGGGAUCUCCAGUUUGAUCUCUUGGACCUUAACGAUAUCUCCUCCAGUUUAAAACUCCAUGAGGAGAAAAACUUGAUUUUGGAUUUCCCACAGCCUUCAUCUGACUACUUAAGUUUCCGGAACCACUUUCAGAAGAAUCUUGUCUGUCUGGAGAACUGCUCUUUGCAAGAGCGAACAGUGACUGGGACUGUAAAAGUAAAAAACAUAAGCUUUGAGAAGAAGGUUCAGGUCCGUAUCACUUAUGAUACUUGGAAAAGCUACACCGAUGUGGACUGUGCCUACAUGAAAAAUGUGUAUGGUGGCUCAGAUAGUGACACCUUCUCAUUUGCCAUUGACUUACCCCCAGUCAUUCCAACUGAAGAGAAGAUUGAGUUCUGCAUUUCUUACUAUGCCAGUGGGCAGGUCUUCUGGGACAACAACGAGGGUCAGAAUUAUAGAAUUGUCCACGUGCAAUGGAAACCUGAUGGGGUGCAGACACAGAUGGCAUCCAAGGACUGUGCAUUCCACCAGGAACCCUCCAAGACUGAGUUAGAGUCAACAAUCUUUGGCAGUCCGAGGCUGGCUAGUGGGCUUUUCCCAGAAUGGCAGAGCUGGGGAAGAAUGGAAAACUUGGCCUCUUAUCGAUGAAUUAACCUAGUGACUGGCCUUGACCUGUCAUAUUCCCCAAUGUAAUUCUAGGACUGUAUUGCUCAAUAUUAGGAAGUCUUCGCUAUUUUCCUUCAGUAGGUUUAGGUUUGAGCUUUUAAGAUCUGGCUACAAAAAAGAUAGCCACUUGAGAAUUUAGAUUUUGGGUCAAUAACAGUGGCACUGCCCAAUUUUGCUUUGGAGGAUUAAGUAACAGCUUGGGACCUAUUUUUUAUAAAAGUAUUGCUUUUUCAAUGACCUUCCUCCUUCCCUCUCAAUUCACUAGCUCUCAUGUUGAGCAAGGAAAGGCUGAGGAAGGACAAUUGAUGGUGAUGGAAAGCUGUGCUAAUGGUAUGGGGGACGUCUGAAAAGUACUGUGUACCCAAAGGGCUCUGCAGCUCAAGACAGAGUGGAAACGGGAGGUCUGAUAGUUAAUUUUGGAUGCGAAAAUAUAAGGUUAUUUUGUGUUUUUAAGUUGGUUUUACAGUUCUGGGAAAAUCAUUUGUAGAGGGGGAAAAAUCUAUGCAUUCUUGUGGAGAAAAAUAUAUACCUUAAGGUGUAGAAUGGUGUUGGAGAAAGGUAAAUUACAACGGGAGAAUCAAGAUCUCAAGUGAAGCCUUUCUGUUCAAAUGUGAUUUAUAAAAAAAUACAUGAUUUGGACAAAGUUUAAGCAAAUUUGACUUUGCAGUCCUCAUGGUAAAAAUGACUUUGUAAUCAAGGCGUCAUGCUUGGGUUCUUGGUAUAACCAAAACCCAUGCCAUCAUCAACAGCUAACAACUUGUAGGGACUCUGCGUCAUGUCAAAGAUAGCUCUUUACAAGUGCCUUGAUUAAACCAGAACACUAGUUGCUUAACCCAAAUAUCUGAAUGGGGAUCUCAUAACGUAUGAGUUUUUGGUCUUGUAAGAAGGUCCACUCUGUAGACUGGCAUUCCUCCUCCAAUGCUGUUGUGUCUUUGAGAGUGUCGUCAGGGUACCAACUUGCAUCCUUCAUAUUGAAGGUGACUCAUUUUUCUGCUAAACUUUUUCAGUGUGAAGUUUGAAGUGAGGGCUGACACUAGGAUUCUCUAUGCAAGAAUCUAGUGCCUUACACAUAGACAUGGCAACUUAUUUCUCGCCUGUUUUGCCUUGCUUGUUUUUAGUCUUUCUACUUAAUUUUCUUGAAGACAAUUUUUUUUUUUUUAAGAGUUGUGUGUUGUUUUGGAUAUGUUGUAAUAUACUUGUUUUGGAGUGUGUAUAAAUCCAUUCUGUAAUAUCCACCUGCCCUUAAGGACUGGAGUCCCUAAAUGUUUGUUUCUAUCAUUGUGCACGUCAGUUGAGAGGUGUUUGGAGAAUGCAGUUAAUUUUAACACGUGUGAUCUGCCAUCCCAGAAAAAUACUGUUGGAAUAACCCUGCUAUGAUAGUAUUUGAAGUUUGGUUAGCACCCACGGUUUUUCUAUUGUAAAUAUUUCACUCUCCCAUAGCUAU